CGGCUCCUCCGGUCUUCGCGGUUUUCCUGCCUUCGGGUGUUGAAAAUCUAUUCCCGGACCCGGAGGCAACGGUUGGGAACGUCUCGUUGCGACCCAGAAAAACUCUGCAAAAAUGUCUUUGUAUCCAUCUCUUGAAGAUCUGAAAGUAGACAAAGUAAUUCAGGCCCAAGCUGCCUUUUCAGCAAACCCUGCCAACCCAGCAAUCCUGUCAGAAGCAUCUGCUCCCCUCUCUCAGGAUGGAAAUCUAUAUCCUAAACUGUAUCCAGAGCUCAGUCAGUACAUGGGUCUGAGUCUAAAUGAAGAAGAAAUAUGCACAAACAUGGCCAUGGUCCCUGGAGCACCAGUGCAAGGGUUGGUAGUAAGACCUUCUAGUAUGAAUCAUAUGGUGGCUCCUAUAACUGGUAAUGAUGUUGGAAUUCGAAGAGCAGAAAUUAAGCAAGGGAUUCGUGAAGUUAUAUUGUGUAAAGAUCAAGAAGGAAAAAUUGGCCUCAGGCUGAAAUCAGUAGAUAAUGGUGUAUUUGUGCAGUUGGUCCAGGCUAAUUCUCCAUCAUCUUUGGUUGGCCUUAAAUUUGGAGACCAAGUACUCCAGAUUAAUGGUGAAAACUGUGCUGGCUGGAACUCAGAAAAAGCACACAAAGUACUCAAACAGGCAUUUGGAGAGAAGAUUACCAUGACUAUUCGUGAUAGGCCCUUUCAACGAACUGUUACCAUGCAUAAGGAUAGUACUGGGCAUGUUGGUUUUAUCUUUAAAAAUGGAAAAAUAACAUCCAUAGUGAAAGAUAGUUCUGCAGCCAGAAAUGGUCUUCUCACCGAACAUAACAUCUGUGAAGUCAAUGGGCAGAAUGUCAUUGGAUUGAAGGACUCUCAAAUUGCAGACAUACUGUCAACAUCUGGGACUGUAGUUACUAUCACAAUCAUGCCUGCUUUCAUCUUCGAACAUAUUAUUAAACGGAUGGCACCGAGCAUCAUGAAAAGCCUGAUGGAUCAUUCCAUUCCUGAAGUGUAAAAGUCAAGUCAUAAUGAAAAUGUACCUCAACUUCUCCAGUUCACUUCUCUGACGACUCUGUAUUAUGCACAAGCAGCUUUCCAGGAGCCAAGCAAAUGCUGCAUGAGGACCUGCCUUUCUCCCUUAUAUAUGGCUGGGAAAUUUACCCUCUUAACCUGUAUCUUGUUCACACUUCAAGAUAGUUGUAGCCUUAUCCUGGUUUUACAGAUGUGAAACUUUCAGAAGACGUACUGACUUGCAUAAAUUCGUUUCUCUACUGGAAACGUGAUGCUUCUGUAAGCCAUUAUGAUUAAGGUAACUGCUGCAGGCUUAGCUUUGUUAGCCACUUUUCUUCAAGAUCGGAGAACUGAUCAUACUACUUCAUUUCUAUGGUAUAUUUGUAUUUUAAUGUGUUGCUUGAUUACAAUUAGAAUGGUUACCUUUGAUUUUUAGUUGUGUGUGUAUAAACACCAAUUAAGUGACAUUCAUUUUAUUCCAUGUAAGCAUUAGCAUAUGUAAACCCAAGAGAUUGUGAUUAUCAUUUAGUUUUAACCACCUUCACUUAAUAUGCUUGAACUGUCUGCUUAACUGUGUUAAGCAUCAAUAGAAGCCAAAAUACAAUUAUUGCUGCCUUUUGAAAAUCCAAGAUGUAGUUCCAUAUUAAGCAGAAAUGUAUACUAACUUAGAACAAUUUAAUGGUACUUAUGAGCUAUUGCAUAGCUAUUUAGUUGUAUUUGAGAUUUUUCUAGUAAAAUUGCAUAAUGGAAAUCGUCUUUCUAUAUUUACGGCUAUCACUUUUCUGGAAAAAUGGAUUGCUAUAUAUUUAAUGUAAAAAUUCUUAUACUAAACAGGAUGAACUUUUUACGCCUGCAUUUCAUUUGUAGAUUAAGUGAGAUAAUAACUAAUUAUGGCAUUAUAUAACCAAGCUACUUUGAAAUUAUCUUCAAAUGUCUUCUUGGUCAUUUGUUGACUCUUCUCUGCCAACAAAAAGGCACUAACACUAUCUUGAUACUUUUUGUUUUAUGCUUAUUCUAUUUUAAUUAAAUAUGUAUCAAAGUU